AUGCAGUCUUCCACCCUUACCCAGCGGUCAUGCCGCACCGCGUUCACCUCCAGGGUGAAUGCCAGGCGUGUGAUGGUGUGCCGCGCCCAGCAGUCGCCCGCCGUCUCGGAGGUCGCUAAGCGGGCCGCGGCGGCCGGCGCAGCGGCGCUGCUGACGCUGGCUCCCGCGGUGCCCGCGCUCGCCAAUGAGUUUGACAUUCUGGCGGAGCCCGCCCCCACCAACGCCUACUAUGUUGAUGACGCCGGCGUGCUGAGCAAGAGCACGAAGUCUGAGGUCAACAAGCGGCUGCGGCUGCUGGAGACCACCACGGGCUACCGCGUCACUGCGGUGACUGUGCGCAAGCUCGAGUUCGAGACGGACGCCUACGCCUUCGCCGACAAGGCGCUGGAGAACUGGUACGGGUCUGAGACCGACAAGAAGGGCGUGGUGCUGAUGGUCACUACCGGCAAGGAGGGCGCGGUCACCGGCGGCGCGAGCUUCCUGGACGCCGUGGGCGAGGAGCUCCUGGACUCCAUCGCGAGCGAGAACAUCCCCGUGUUUGCUGAGGAGGAGAAGUUCAACGCCGCCAUCACGUCAUCCCUGGAGCGCGUUGACGCCAAGCUCAACGGCAACACGGUGCCGGAGGCCCCCAAGCGCAACGACGCCGUGCGCCAGCGCACCUACAAGACCAAGGCCGAGACGGAGAAGAGCAAGACCGUGACCUCCACCGUGGUGCUCACGCUGCUCGUCAUCGCCUGCGUCGUGCCCAUGCUGCAGUACUACGGCUACACCGCCAGGGACUGA